AUGAAGCUAGUAACUCUGUUUCUGCUGGUGACUGUCAGCAUUUGCAGUUACUCUGCUACCACCUUCCUUAUCAACAGUUUGCCAGAUGCUGUCAACAAAGACUUACCUUUACCUGUGGACAACAUUCUCCCCUUUAUGGAUCCAUUAAAGCUUCUUCUGAACACUCUGGGCAUUUCUGUUGAGCACCGUGUGGAAGGGCUAAAAAAGUGUGUGAAUGAGCUGGGACCAGAGGCCUCUGAGGCAGUGAAGAAACUGCUGGUCACAGACCCUGCCACCAAGUUAGGUCUUCAAUGCAUCAUCCUUUGGCUACUAGGUUCUGAACUAUCCUUUCCUUUUCUCCAUGCCACCAUCUAUGAUGAUGCCAGAAUUAUCUUUCCAAGACCAUAA